CUGCGCAGAUUGGGGAAAGUUCUGGAAGACGGCAGAGCUGCCGCCAUUUUGCGGGAAGACGAGUGGCUCUGACGGCAGUGCUUGUUUUACUGCUGAGACUCUGGAAAACAGCCGUGCUUCGAGCCCCCAACACACCCAAAGGAACGGCGGAAACCGGGACCCCCCCCCUGUGGGGACCCGGAACUGCCCCUUCCACCUCCUGCUGUCCCUAGGCAACCACUGAUCUGCUUUCUGCCAGUACAGAUCUGCUACUAUGGCAUCCGAUGACUUUGAUAUAGUGAUUGAGGCCAUGCUGGAGGCGCCCUAUAAAAAAGAGGAGGAGGAACAGCAAAGGAAAGAUGUUAAAAAAGAUGGCCCUAGCACCACCAGCAUGAGCAGUACCAGCACCAGUGGCACCAGUGGGAGCAGCGCCGGUGGGGAGGCGAGCAAGAAGAAGAGGAGUCGGAGCCAUAGUAAAAGCAGGGAUAGAAAGCGCAGUCGCAGUCGGGACCGGGACCGGCACAGGCGGAGGAGCAGUCGGAGCCGAAGUCGAGACAGGCAGCGGCGCCACCGCAGCCGGAGCUGGGACCGGCGGCACAGCAGUGAGUCCCGCAGUCGUGACUGGCGGCGUGAGGACCGCGUGCGCUACAGGAGCCCUCCACUUGCCACUGGGCGCAGGUACGCACACAGUAAGAGUCCUCAUUUCAGAGAAAAGAGCCCGGUCAGGGAGCCCAUUGAUAAUCUGAGUCCCGAGGAGCGUGAUGCCCGCACGGUUUUCUGUAUGCAGUUAGCUGCCCGUAUUCGGCCUCGGGACCUGGAGGACUUUUUCUCUGCUGUUGGCAAGGUUCGUGACGUCCGAAUCAUCUCUGAUCGGAACUCCCGUCGUUCUAAGGGCAUCGCCUAUGUGGAAUUUUGUGAAAUCCAGUCCGUGCCGCUGGCCAUUGGGCUGACCGGGCAGCGGCUGCUUGGAGUGCCCAUCAUUGUCCAGGCUUCACAGGCUGAGAAAAACCGAUUGGCAGCCAUGGCCAACAACCUGCAGAAGGGCAGCAGCGGGCCAAUGCGCCUCUAUGUGGGCUCCUUGCACUUCAACAUCACGGAGGACAUGCUUCGGGGCAUCUUUGAGCCAUUUGGCAAAAUCGAUAAUAUUGUCUUGAUGAAGGAUUCAGAUACAGGCCGUUCUAAAGGUUAUGGUUUCAUUACGUUCUCAGACUCUGAGUGUGCCCGGCGGGCCCUGGAACAGCUGAAUGGCUUUGAGCUUGCUGGUCGACCUAUGAGAGUUGGCCAUGUGACCGAGCGUCUGGAUGGUGGCACAGACAUCACUUUUCCAGAUGGGGACCAGGAGCUGGAUCUGGGAUCAGCAGGUGGACGUUUGCAGCUCAUGGCCAAAUUGGCAGAAGGCUCUGGAAUCCAGCUGCCUACCCCAGCUGCAGCUGCUGCCGCCGCCGCAGCCCAGGCUGCUGCUGCCUUGCAGCUGAAUGGGACGGUGCCCUUGGGGGCCCUGAACCCUGCGGCUCUGACCGCUCUGAGUCCGGCCUUGAACCUCGCCUCCCAGGCAAUUGCCUCCCAGUGCUUCCAGCUUUCCAGCCUCUUUACCCCUCAGACCAUGUAAAUCAGUGGUGCAGUACACUGCCUCCCUGUGCCUCUGGGUCCUGCCACUCCCUUUUCCACAUCUACCCUUCCACGGCCCCUUCUCCAUUUUGUGGACCAAGCCAUCCUGAGCGCGUGGAUGUUGACUGUGCAGGAAUUGGGGCCACCCUUGAACUCAAGAAGAGCUCCUGCCCAGAGCCCCAUUGGAAAUGGACUCUGCUGAGCAAAGCCACUAGUCAAAGAGGACAGAAUCUGCACCUGCAUUGAACACCUGUUUCUCCAUGUAUGUCGUCUUCUAGGAUGACCUUCAUUGCUCUUUCCAACCACCUCUUAGUGAUUCCUCGGUUCCUCCCCUGUUGGGAAGGCCAUAGGGCAUUAACUGAAGGAACUAACCUCUCUUCUCUUCCUAUACCUUUACCCUACAGUCUGUUGAGGAAAACCCUUAAGACCUCUGGUCCAAGAGGACUUUGGAGUCUAGGGGGGGGAAGAGUGAACGUUGAAGGUGCUGGCUUGCUGCUGCACAGGUCCCAGAAGAUGGCAAGGACAUGCAUGUUGUGAAGCCUGCCUUAGGCCUCACUUGGGGCCAGAAUCGCUCCUGUGGGCUCAGCAUCUUGCUGGGAGGUGUGGGAAUGAUCUGUCCUGCCAGGCAUUUUGGAUGUCUUAGGGGCGGGGCUUUCAGGAGUUUAGCGAAAGGUGGGAUACCUUUCCAGUAUCUUCUAUCUUCCUUUGUAUAGUUGUCCUUCCUCCCAGGUCCUUCCUGUGGCCCAGGAUGGGAGGAUGGAGAGGAGGCUGCUACUCUCUACCAUUUCCCAUGUGCCUCUACUGUGGGCUCAACCCCAUCUGUUAAAGCUGCUCCUGUCCCCUUCCUGGGCACACGUGAGCCCUUUUCACUGGAUUUUAUACCCUUGUGUCUGUGUACAUAAAAAUAUAUGUAUAUGCAUGUGUACAUACAUGUGCAUACGUACACAUACAUGUGCAUAUAUGCAUAUAAACUUUGUAUAAAAGGCAGGCUCCACUGUUGUGGCCGCUGCCCAUACGUGUGUGGUCUCAGUCAGUUGGUGUGUUUGAUGCUAAUAACUUCUUAUGAGCCAAAACCAUGAAUGGUUCUAGGGAUAGAAAACAUUUGUAAAGCUUUUGUGUUUUUUCCCUUUAUUUUAAUUUUGUUUUAUCUAACCUUGCUUAGAAAUUAAAAUGGAUGGAAGGCACACA